GGGUAGGGUGGGUGGGGAUUCUGGGCGGGUGGCGGAGUCACUGUCGGCUUCAGCCGGGCUGCGGAGCGGACGGACGCGCCUAGUGCCCCGGGGAGGGGAGCCACCAGGAGUGGAGGUAGAGGAGGAGGUGUAGAGGAAGAGACGCCCUCUCUGCCGGGACGUCCCCCCGCCCCCCGAGGCUCUGACCCCAGGGGCUAGGGGCCUGACAAGUUUCUCCACCUUGGCUGCCCGAGGAGGCCGCUACCCUGGAGGGCCCUGAGCCCACCGCACCAGGGGCCCCAGCACCGCCCCGGUGGUCUAACGCGACAGUUUCAGGGACCACUGCAAGGUUUCCAGUGGCCUAGACCAGGAGCCCGGGGCCAGAGCAACAACCCUUCCGGCCACCUGCCUCGACUUCUGCCUCAGGCACCAGUCCCGGCCCCGUGCCUCCAGCCCAGGUGACAUGCCGGUACUCUCCACGCCCAGGCCCUCUCGGGUGACCACGCUGAAGCGCACAGCUCUGGUCCUGGCCCUCACCGCCUAUGGAGCCCACAAAAUCUACCCCCUGGUGCGGCAGUACCUAGCUGCAAGCAGGGGCCCUCAGGUACCGGCAGGGGAGUCCACGCAGGACGUCUCUGGGGCCACGGCGGCCAAGGCCAGCGUGAACAGGGUGUUCUUGCGGCGGCUCUUGGGGCUCUUGCGGCUGCUCUUCCCCAGGACCCUGUGCCGGGAAACGGGGCUGCUGGCGCUGCAUUCGGCCUCCCUGGUGAGCCGGACUUUCCUGUCCGUGUACGUGGCCCGCCUGGACGGCCGGCUGGCCCGCUGCAUCGUGCGCAAGGACCCGCGGGCCUUCAGCUGGCAGCUCCUACAGUGGCUCCUCAUCGCUCUCCCUGCCACCUUCAUCAACAGUGCCAUCCGGUACCUCGAGGGCCAGCUGGCCCUGUCUUUCCGCAGCCGUCUAGUGGCCCACGCCUACAGCCUCUACUUCUCCCAGCAGACUUACUACAGAGUCAGCAACAUGGACGGGCGCCUUCGCAACCCUGACCAGUCCUUGACGGAGGACGUGGUGGCCUUUGCCGCUUCAGUGGCCCACCUCUACUCCAACCUCACCAAGCCGCUCCUGGACGUCGCCGUGACGGCCUACACUCUGGUUCGAGCGGCCCGCUCCCGUGGGGCCGGCACGGCCUGGCCCUCGGCCAUCGCCGGCCUUGUCCUGUUCCUCACAGCCAACGUGCUGCGAGCUUUCUCACCUAAGUUUGGCGAGCUGGUGGCAGAGGAGGCGCGGCGGAAGGGAGAGCUACGCUACAUGCACUCUCGAGUGGUGGCCAACUCAGAGGAGAUCGCCUUCUAUGGGGGCCACGAGGUGGAGCUAGCCCUGUUGCGGCACUCCUACCAGGACCUAGCUUCGCAGAUUAACCUCAUCCUGCUGGAACGCCUUUGGUACAUCAUGCUGGAACAGUUCCUCAUGAAGUACGUGUGGAGCGCCUCCGGCUUACUCAUGGUGGCCGUCCCCAUCAUCACUGCCACCGGCUACUCCGAGUCAGACUCAGAGGCAGUGAAGAAGGCCGCCUUGGAGAUGCGGGAAGGGGAGCUCGUGAGCGAACGCACAGAAGCCUUCACCAUUGCCCGCAACCUCCUCACCGCUGCCGCGGAUGCCAUCGAGCGGAUCAUGUCGUCCUACAAGGAGGUGACAGAGCUGGCCGGCUACACGGCCCGAGUACACGAGAUGUUCCAGGUGUUCGAAGAUGUCCAACACUGCCGUUUCAAGAGGCCUGGCGAGCUGGAGAGCACUCAGGCAGGAGCCGGGGCUGUGGCGCGCUCUGGUGUCCGCGUAGAGGGGCCCCUGCAGAUCCGAGGCCAAGUGGUAGAUGUGGAACAGGGAAUUAUUUGUGAGAACAUCCCCAUCAUCACGCCCACGGGAGAGGUGGUGGUGUCCAGCCUCAACAUCAGGGUGGAAGAAGGCAUGCACCUGCUCAUCACGGGCCCCAACGGCUGCGGCAAGAGUUCUCUGUUCCGGAUCCUCGGCGGGCUGUGGCCUGCAUACGGCGGCGUGCUGUACAAGCCCCCGCCCCAGCGCAUGUUCUACAUCCCUCAGAGGCCCUACAUGUCCGUGGGCUCCUUGCGAGACCAGGUGAUCUACCCAGACUCCGUGGAAGACAUGCGAAGGAAAGGCUACUCGGAGCAGCACCUGGAGGCCAUUCUGGACAUCGUGCACCUGAACCACAUACUGCAGCGGGAAGGGGGUUGGGAAGCCGUGUGUGACUGGAAGGAUGUGCUGUCGGGGGGCGAGAAGCAGAGAAUCGGGAUGGCGCGCAUGUUCUACCACAGGCCCAAGUACGCUCUCCUGGACGAAUGCACCAGCGCCGUGAGCAUCGAUGUGGAAGGCAAGAUCUUCCAGGCGGCCAAGGACGCUGGCAUUGCGCUGCUCUCCAUCACCCACCGGCCCUCCCUGUGGAAGUACCACACGCACUUGCUGCAGUUUGAUGGGGAGGGUGGCUGGAAGUUCGAGAAGCUAGACUCCGCCACUCGCCUGAGCCUGACUGAGGAGAAGCAGCGGCUGGAGCAGCAGCUGGCCGGCAUUCCCAAGAUGCAGCGGCGCCUCCAGGAGCUCUGCCAGAUCCUGGGCCAGGGCUCUGGGGUCCUCCAGGGUGCCGCCUCUCCCUGAGCCCCGGGACCACGUGGAGGAAAGAGCAGCACCCGGCCGCUCACCCCUCCAGCCAGCCCUGCCGCAGGCCCACCCCGCAUGCCUUUCCCUCCCGGGCCUCCUGGCCGCCAGCGAAAGCACGCGCCUGUCCCUGCGCCCCCUUCCCCGGGCCGGGCGGGUGGUCCUUUCUUCUCUUCCAGGAGGGGGUGGGGGUGGAGGCGACACCCCCAGCUCGCACUGCCUGGCAUUUGUGGGGCCCUGCCCUCCUGACACCGUGGUCCCCCUUCUUCCCUCCUCUUCAGUCCCUCGGAGACCCCACGAGGUCCCCCCGGAUGGCCCACCGAGGCUCCCAUCCCACGGGAUGCCCUUCCUGCCAUAGGAACGGGCGAAUGGGGCCCACAGCCAGAAGGGGCCCCCAGUGUGAACCCCUUCUCCCCACCAGUUGUUUCCAGGAGCCCUUGGGAGGAAGCGCACAGUAUUUCUUAGCAAGCGAUGACAAGAACGUGGUCCCUGUCCUCCUCGGCCCCUAGCCUUCUUUCCUCCUACAAGCUAAUUUAUUGGAUCCCUGUUUGUAGCCAUCUCGAUUGCCAACAUGGGCACCCUGCCAGCAGCGCAGGCGGCCCGGGCCACGGUCCUUCCGCAGGUGGCCUAGCCAUUGAGCCAGCCCCCAGAGGCCCUGUGCCCCACCAGCCCACACUGCCGGCCACCUCCGGGGGGGUGGGGGUUGCAGAUCAACAAUGGGGGAUGACUGCUGGGGCUGCCGAGCAUGAGGGCACCUCUGCGCCCAGCUCAGUGCCAAAGAGGGGUCAGCCAGGGGAGCUGUCUCUGCAAAGCCAGCACCCACCCAAGAGGGAGACCCCACCACAGCCACCACCGCAUGUGCCUUUCCAGGCCCUCAGCCCUCUGGCCGGGGAGCCUCCCUCAAUCCCUCAGUAAAAGCCUCCCACAGAAAGUGCA